UCCCACAAUCCUCUGAGAAGGGGUGUCAGUUGGAAUGUAGAUUGCGAAGGAGAAGGUUUGGAGAGAAUGAGAGAAAGAGAGCAGGGAGAGGAAUUCACCGGAACCAUGACUGACAUGUUGCCAGUGAUGAGAAUUGGAGUUGUGGGAUAUGGACAUUUAGGGCAGUACCUUGUGGAGCGGCUCCAGAGAGAAGGGGCCCAGGUGGGCCUGACACUGGUCUUUGUGUGGAACAGAAACACUGACAAACUCAGGGAAUCAGUGGCUGAGGAGCUCAUUCUACACAACCUCCCAGACUUUACAGACAGGGGUGCUGAUGUGAUUGUGGAGGUGUGUCAUCCCAAAAUUGUAAAAGACUUUGGAGUCCAAUUCCUCUCUAAGGCCCAUUUUCUGGUGGGCUCACCUUCAGCCCUCUCAGACCCACAACUGAACCAGGAACUGCGCCAGGCUGCAGAGCAUCAUGGGAGGACCCUAUAUGUCCCCAGUGGUGCAUUGUGGGGAGGCCAGGAUAUCCUGAGACUCAAUGAUAGUGGAUCUUUAAAGGCACUGUUCAUCCGGAUGUCCAAGCACCCGUCAUGUUUCCGUCUGACAGGAGACGUGCUGUCUGAUUGGACAGAGGAUGAGGGGAGGCGGGUCUUAUUCAGUGGCUCCGUGGCAGAGCUCUGUCCCGUCGCCCCUAACAACGUCAACACCAUGGCGGCAGCGGCCAUCGCAGCGGGGACCCUGGGUUUCGCCGGCGUCCAGGGGGAGAUUGUGUCGGAUACGGCACUAAGUGAUUACCAUGUGGUGGAGGUGGAGGUUACUGGUGCCAAUGGCUUCUCAGUGCAUACAGUGAGGAGGAACCCAGCCAAACUUGGAGCUGUAACUGGGAGUGCCACCUACAACUCCUUCUGGAGCAGCUUACUGGUGUGUAAGGGACAUAGAGGCCGGGUUUACUUGUGCUGAAGAGGGAGGGAUUUCAGAAGACAAUUCCCUCUACCAACAACACACUCACAACACUAUGGUACUGAAACACACACUACACAACAUUACGGUACUGAAACA